AUGUCUCAUUCUCCAUCAUCAAAUUCAGUCAGUGGCUUCCUUAACUUCCUUGCUCGAGAGCUCGACGGCCUCGAAAACCUCUUCCUGUCUCAGAACUUCAUGUCGUUCGAUUUCCUUUCGAACAUCCUCUCGUCCCUGAGAUCCUUCCACACCAAACUCAUCAUUUUGGCCCAAAAGCUAAAGCUACGGGUCGGAGAGAAAUGGCUCGACGAGUACAUGGACGAGACCUCCCGCCUUUGGGAGGCCUGCCACGUCAUCAAGUCGGGCGUGUCCAACAUGGAGGCAUACUGCUCGAGCGGCGCCAACUUGGCGACUUUUCUCGACGAUCAUCGUGUCUUAAACUCGCAGCUUUUUAGACAGGUCACACGAGCCAUCAACCGUUGCCAAAGGGAAACCAUCCCUCUACAACACGAAAACAGGCGCAUAGCCGAGACCAAAAUCCAAUCACUAUCAAUAAAAUUCAAAGAUAACUUCCUAUCCGAGCUCCGGUACAACAGAUACAACGGCUUCCAAGGCGCUCUUUACGCCCUAAAAAACGCAAACACGCUGCUUCUCGCCAUACUUCUAAGUGGGCUCGUUUACUUUUGGCCCGAGACCAGCUUCUGCCGAGAGAACAACCAAGAUGAGAUCGUAAGCCCGUUUAUCGGCUCCAACUUUGUGGCCUCCAGCGCCAGUCUGCACGACAGGAUUGUGACUGUGGUAGCCUGUCUCGGGCUUGAGCCCGGAGUUGUUCUUUUCGAGCUUCGGGCCGCGAAGUUCGCAUUGGACGAGCUGAAAAUGGCGAUCGAGGGUACGGAUAUCGGGUAUGAGAAUGAAAUUGGUAUCGAUAUAGACGAAAGAGUCGAGAACUUGAGGAUUUGUUUUGGGAGUUUGCAGUGUGGGGCCGAGGGGAUAACUGGGCAGUUGGAUGAUUUCUUUGACGAGAUUGUGGAGGGAAGGAAGAUGCUUUUCGACAUGUGCUCGAAUAGAUAG